AUGGCGACGACUAUUCCCGCGCAGCGCCAGGCGCAGCAGCCCGUCGUGGAACACGAGAUGGAGCCGCGGCCGUCCGUCACUCGCGAGGCAUACAAACCGGCCGACAAGCUCAAGGGUAAGAUCGCACUGAUCACGGGAGGCGAUUCAGGCAUUGGGCGGAGCGUUGCACACCACUUUGCACUGGAGACCCUCCGCUUGCUGCGCGACGCCCAACGCCCCGAGCACAAGCAGCCGCUCGCCAUCCCCGUGGACCUCGGGCACCACGACAACUGCAAGGAGGUGGUGCGGAAGGUGGUGGAGCACUUUGGGGGGAACAUAGACGUGCUGGUGAACAACGCAGCGGAGCAGCACACCCACAAGACCCUCGAGGAGAUCUCCCCUGAGGAGUGGGACCGCACCUUCAAGACAUGA